UUUUUUUUUUUUUGGCUGAAGCAGCAUUGCAAAAUGGAGACCAGCAGCGGUCCUCCUGCCCCUGCCCCUGCCGCUGCCCUGGCUCCUGCCGCUGCUCCUACUGCUGCAGAGCGAGUAAUAGGACCCAGUUAUGGGCUCUCCACUGGGCUGUCCAGCGUGCUGCAUUACCAGGCGGUUCACAGCAGCUCAACGAAUCUCGCAUCAGCGACCGACGUCGUGCCGCCAGCGACCACAGCCACGGCGAGCACUGCGAAUAGGAGCACUGAUGCUAUCACGGUGAAUGUUGACAGGUCUGCAAGCAGCACGCGGAUAAGCUCCAACAGCCAAGCAAGCGACGCCUCCCAGCACAGCGACGUCACCAUGUUACCGUCCUCCGACACGAGCGAGCACAACAAGAAGAGCAAGAGCCAGGGCUGCAUGGAAGGAGUCCUGGAAUGGGCCACGGGCAUCAUGAUGAGCUGCAGCGGCGUCCAAGACAUCGAAGCAGACGACGACGACGACGAUGAGGAUGAUGACGAGGAGGAAACCGCUCAGUCGUCUGAGAGCAUGGACAUCGUGCCUGCUGGACACCAGUCUCGAAAGAAUGGAAAAGACGUGCAGACUACUCCAGUAAUUGCGCGGAAUCGGCGGACGGGCGCAAGACAACCGCUCCCUGCUCCACAUCGAAUCAAGUCUGUUGUGCACCGAAUCUUCCAAUUCCUGACCUUGGUGCUCUGCGUCUCCUUCCUCCCACAUAGUUACUUUUCGCUCUUUGUCGGCGUCCCAGACAGCUCGGACGGCCUCGGCUGGUUUGUGCUGGUGCUUGUCUUUGUUGUGUUGCCGACGGCCCUGCUGGGCUUUUUGCCGCUCGUCUUCUUCCGUGGCUUCCUAACAUCCCCAAUACUGCCACUCAUCUACAUUGGCGGCAUCUCCACAACGUAUUUCAUUUCAGUCUUUGCCGUUGUCGAUGCCACCUCGAAGCUGGACGAUCCACAUUGGCCAAGCAACCAGACCUCUGCCCUGCAAGAGCUGAUUGACUCUGUGUUUGGCAAGGUGGAUGCGGCGGAAGCGCGUGGUGGACAAGAGGCACGUCGCGCGGUGGGCUAUUUCAACAUUGCAGUUGUCGGGAUUUGCUCUCUACUGGCGGCCUAUUUUGCCAUCAGCUCUUUCCGCGUUACAUCCACCUUGUGCAAGUGGCGAAGAGUCGACAUUAACAAUUGGCUCAAUUCCAUUGGGAUGCAGCGGUACGCUCCGCGAUUCCACCGACACAAGCUCAAUGCGAGGUGGUUUUUGAGUGACAACACUGCUCAGUUGAACAACCUGCAUUUCGGCUCGUUGACCGACCGGCACAUUCUCGAAGACGAGCUCGCGCGAUUGCGCAUGACCAUCCAGGGCAAAGCACGACCACCCAUGGCCAACCUAGAUCUGGCUCAGCUGGACAUACAGGGAGGUUUGCAACGUUCGAGACCAGAGCGCCGCAGUGUCUUGCGGAGAUCGUUGUCGGUUGCAAGUGGCGGCAGCGCUGCUCGCUUGUCCACAUUGACUGCGGCCAACCAACUAUCUCGUCAAGCAAUGGAUGAGAUGCUGGUCGCGCCGCCAACUUACUCUCCUCUGGACCCUUUUGCAGCCUCGAGUUCGUCUGUUGAACAGCAGCAGCAGCAGCAACCAUGUGCCUCAGCCUCGACCUCUACUUCCGCCACCAUCGUGCCAACAGCAUUUGCUCCAUUACCUGCCUACCAACAAGAACCGACGGUGCUGACAAACGCGGAUCUGGAAGCUGCACAGGAUGCAGCCUAUCUCAAGCGGUUGGCUCCUGAUGAGGCUGUCUUUAACACGGCCAACGCCCGGUUGCGACACCUCGGCAAGCACAAGAUUGACAUGCGGUCGCUGAGUGUAAAGCGUGUGCCGGCAGUCCUGCUGGUCAUGAUGCCUCUGUUCCUGUUUGCGCUGUUUGUCCUCGUCAUCCCCAUGUUUGUGCUUGCCUACCUGAGCGACCCGACCCCCGUGGUCGGGACGGCACGCGUGCUACUCGUUCCAACCCUCGUGUCCCAUGUUGUGGCUGGUGGUGUGCUCGUUGUGAUGAUCCUGGGCCGAAGCCCGUCGAUUUGGAUUGCCUUUGACAUGUGCUUGGUGUCGUGCCUCCUUCACACGGGCAUUGUUGUCCUCAUGCUGAUCGAGUCGAGUGGCUUUGUCAACGACAAGGACUAUGCUGCCUGCGUGAUUGGCAUCAUGACGGCGUUGGUGCUACUCGUCGAGUUUGCGUGCUUGCUCACCGCCGUGCGAUGCACUGCGCGCUUCAAGGCGACCGUUCGCAACUGGCCGGUGGAGCUGGUCGCGCUAUGGGCCGCGUCCAACGGUUUGGACUACCAAUUUGUCUUUCGUCACGACAUUACUGGUCUGGCGUUAAUCCGCGCGGACGCUGUCGAGCUUGUCGAGCGCAUUGGCUUUGCCGACUCUGUCAUGCGCAAGCUGUUCGAGCAACGGCUUGCCGGCUUGCAGACCUGCAGCGAGAGCUUUGACUGUCCGGUGGUUUCCCCCGAGCUGGUUGCAGGCGCCUUCCCCAGCCAAUCGGCGCUCGCUUGCAGCGCCGUUAGUCCCGCGUUCGCUGCAUUGAACAUCAAGCAAGUGACUGCCAGUUCCGAGCUGCGUUCGUAUUUUUUGGACGAGCUGCGCGCCGUGACUUCCGACAAUUGCGAUUCCGACGCGCCCGCUGCUGUUUAAGGGCGGGGUCUUUGCUUGAGUCGGGAUGGCCGUUCUGCCAUGGCGCUCUCUUGCUUGAUUGAUUGAUUGCAAUCAUUCGUCGACCUGUUGUCUCGUUGACAAAGUGUGUUAAGAUUAUUUUUCAGGUUUUUCUUUCCUUGUGUUUUGAGUUUUGAUUUUGUGUUGAAUCGAUUUCUUUCUUUUUAAUAUCAGAC